UUGAGAUUUGAUAGGCCACUCACAGAAAGAAGGAUAUUCUUGUUGUCAAAUACAUUAAUCACAGCAACGUGAUGUAUGCUCUUUUCGCUCAGAAUUCCGUGUACAAAAUAUUUUUAAGCAAUACGAUGUUUGAACUUUGUAACCCAUCGACUUGACUUACUAGCGUUCACAAGGGCGUACACCCCUGUUGUUUAUCUGGUGCACACGUGUGGCCACCAUAGACAUUGUAACCAUCACCACGCGCAACACGGUAGAGUUUCAAGAGGAUGUCUGAAUGCUCCCACUUCUACUCUUGGGAUUACUACUGAUAUUGUGGCUAUUCUGGAUGAUUAAGGUCAAGCAGAUGCUGGAGAAAGGGGGGGAAAUAGUGACUGGCUGUGGAACCCCUGCAGCUGCAGCACAGGAGGAGAUGCAAGCGGCCGAUAGAUCCGCUGCGGCUGCACACACCCCUGCUCCACCCCCUACUAAACAAUCCACACCCAUGGGUCUUGCAGCAUCUACCUCAACAGAUAGCGGGGACAACCGUCCCCUAACCCACAUUGACCCCACUGUCGGUCCCAUGAUACCCAGGGUAGGGGGUUCUUCGGAGGAAAUGAAGCACACACAGCCGUCCCUUCCCUUCGUUGUCCCUCAGCCUCCCAGUAGAACGAUCAGGCCCAAACUCAUCUCAGGCCUAGAAGCUCGACAAGCGCGCCCCAAGUUCAUCCUGGGGGCAUCGGAGGACAAUUCUUCAGAUGAAGAUCUGCCUUUGACCAUGAAACCCCCUACAGGUUUUGGUUCCUCUCAGGCAGCGGCCACCUCCUGCCUACGACAAACCGUAUCAGCAACCUCAACCACCUUCUCCCCCCCACAGCAAGUUACAUCAGUAACAUCAACCCCUACCUCCAAUGGCAUGAGGUAGGCCAUAGCAUGUUGUGCAACUUCUUUUAAGUUAACUUCAUUUUCAUAUUACACUGAACAAGAAUAUGAACGCAACAUGCAAAGUGUUUGUCCUGUGUUUCAUGAGCUGAAAUAAAAGAUCCCCGAAAAAGCUUAUUUCUCCCAAAUGUUGUGCACAAAUUUGUUUACAUCUGUUAUUGAGCGUUUCUCCUUUGCCAAGAUAAUCCAUCCACCUUACGGUGUGGCAUAUCAAGAGGCUGAUUAAAUAGCAUGAUCAUUAUGCAGGUCCACCUUGUGCUGGGGACAAUAAAAGGCCACUCUAAAAUGUGCAGUUUUGUCACACAAUACAAUGCCACAAAUGUCUCAAGUUGAGGGAGCAUGCAAUUGGCAUGCUGACUGAAGGAAUGUCUACCAGAGAUGUUGCCAGAUAAUUGAAUGUUAAUUUCUCUACCAUAAGCCACCUCCAAUGUUGUUUUAGAGAAUUUGGCAGUACAUCCAACCAGCCUCAUUCUUGCAGUCAGCAUGCCAAUUGCACCUGUGUAAUUAUCAUGCUGUUUAUUCAGCUUCUUGAUAUGCCACACCUGUCAGGUGGAUGGAAUAUCUUGGCAAAGGAGAAAUGCUCACUAACAUGAGCUCAUGAAAUGUGUCCAACACGUAACAUGCUGCGUUUUAUAUUUUUGUUCAGUAUAGAAUAAACAGGUUUAGACGUCAUCGUUUUCUCUACUCCGAUGACAUUGGAAUUGUAUUUAGUUCAGAACGUGUUGAUAGUGAAUGCAAGUGCUUGCUCCAUCAACCCAGUGUUAAGAAUCAAUGAAUCAUUCAGCAGAUUAGCUCGUGACUUGUGAGGCUGCCUGUCAGUGCAGUAGUCUAUGGGUAUCAACAGAGUGCGCUGUUAUCCAAAAGGCGAGACCAAUUGUUGGCCAGGCCUGAGGCAAACUUGCCAGCCACAUUGUGGUAUUAUUGCUGCCCCAUGCUGUAUCCACACAACCAGCUGCCUAUGAUCACCUGACCACAGCAUGCAUGCUGACAGUAACUUGUGUUAUUGUCGCAUGCCUCACCUCUCUGCACUUUUAACGGAACAAGUGUCGUUGACUUUGAGAACCAGGGUCUGAGUCCCAGGAGGGCACACAACAACAUAUUGUAUGUGUGCUUAACAAAUGUUUCUACAUCCCUUGGAAGUUCUCUGCAAAUACAUUUGACUUGCUGUAUGUUGCCUUUAGGCAUAGAGCAUGAGGUGCUAUUGUUGAUUUUUUUUUUGGUGACAUCACAAUGGAUAUCUCAGGUAGUUGGUCAGCUGAGCAUAUCUAAGUCUACUUGACAGGUUCAGUUGGCUUUGAAUGCCACAGUCCACUCUCAGCCAAGUUUUGAAAAGCUUGUUUGUUUGUACUCUUGAGCCACAUGUGCAGUAAUCACCACGGAGGUAAAACUGAAAGGGGAGAGAGGUAAGAUAACACAUGGAAAGCUUUCAGGAAUGAUCGUUUUUCCACAUUGUGAAGUAGCAAAGGCCUAUGAGUUGUACUGACUGACAUGAUGCCACUGUGUAGGCCUAGACAGAACACCUACCAAAAAUGUUUUGACCAUUUCAGUCAGUUUGCUACAUGGAAGGAUUAGCCUCCCACGUUUUUGUUUACGAUAUGCUAGAAGGUUACCAUAAGCUAUAGUUUGGUGGUUCGUGAAGGGACAAGUUAGUUGUAAAAAAGUUGGUGCAAAAACCAUCCAAGCAGAUAGUUAGUCCGGAUAUCUAUUUGGCAGUCUAGUCUGUUGGUUCCA